UGACACACCAAACAUUCUGAUCUACUCAAUCUAGACCAGCCAAAAUGCCCCUAAUCACUGACUUCGAACUCCCCAGCUCAGCAAAGCAUCUCUCUCUACCAGACGGUGCGGACGCAAAAGCCUUCAUCGUGUUCGUGACCUCCGAUGACCCCGCGACCGGCCAAUCCUGGUGUCCAGAUGUCCGUGCCAGCUGGCCAGUUCUCAAAAGGACCUUCUCCCCGUCCAACGCGCCCGAACUCGCCGUAGUUGAGGUUGGACAAAAGCCUGAAUGGAAGGAUCUGCAGAAUGUUUACAGAACUACCUGGAAGAUCCCUUGUAUCCCGGCGUUGGUGCGGUAUGAGCGCGUCAAUGGGGAGACUGUGGAGACGGGGAAGUUGGUUGAGGGGGAGAUCUUGGAUGAGCAGAAGCUAAGGGAGUUUAUUGGUGUGUAGUUGCUAUUGAUGCUUUGAGGCUUCGGACUAUCUUUCUAUCCUUACGAGCGCUUGCAUGUGUGUGCUAUUCUCGACGUAUAUAGUGGUCAUUAGCUACGCUUGGGAUUAAAGCAAGCAAUUUCUAUUUUACUUUGUUCACCUUUCUGCUUGAAAUGGGCUUUUUAUUCUUCUUAUUUCUGGUCUUUGAGACGCUGUACAAUAAACUAUGUCAUGGUAUUGCAUCGUGAAUAUAUUUGAAUAUAUCCAGCCUUAAUCCUGAUAGUCAUCGAUCCCGUGGGGAUUGUGG